AUGCCGAAUCCCCCAUGGAAGAAGAUUUUCACUUCCCUGCCUUUCUGGUCCAUCAUCAUCGCUCACAUCUCGUACUCGUGGGUAACGUCGUGGGUGAUGGCGUAUCUGCCCACGUACAUGAAGGAGGUCCUAGACUACGAUAUAGAGGAGAACGGCAUUCUGGCCUCCAUGCCGUUUGUUGGACGCUUUAUAUCCGGGCUUCUUUGCGGCUUUGCUUCUGAUUGGGUGCUGCAGAAACACAUAUUCACAACGGCGCAAGUCCGGAAGAUCUUCCAGUUCACUGGCAAUGUCGUGUGUGCUGCCUGUACCAUCACCAUCGGCUUUCUGGACAAGGAACAUCGGACUCUGGCGGUUGUACUUCUCGUCGUCGGCUUGUCCUUCCAGAACUUUACAUCGGUCGCUUUUAGAAUCAACCACCUCGAUAUAGCGCCAAGGUAG